AUGCAGGCCGCAAAGGCUACUCAUCCUAUCGAAUUCGAGUUUGUAAUUGGUAAUCGACCACAGGACUUGAGGGCUGACACCAGUCGCAAGCUUCGGUCAUACCUGUCCAAGCGCGCCUGGAAAGCACACCGUGAUCAGUACGCACAGUCACGAGGCGAGUCUGACUCUCCAUCAAACUCGUCCUCUUCAGGAUCCCAAAACGAGGAGCACGCAUCCAAUAGCAGCACAACAGAUGGCGCUGAUAAGCUUUCACGGAAGCUAACUGCCGCCAAAACCGCUCGUCGCAGGAAAAAUAAACUCCAAACAGUUACUUUUGAAUGUGUCGAAACUCGUCCAGUUGCGGCCCCGGUCCCUUUCAUCUGGGGGGCCGUACAAGAUGCAACAGACAAGUACAGUCUCGAUGACUUGUCAGACGACAGAAUACUUCAACUAUUUGCGCAAACCGUUGCAAAGUUGCUGCCCAUGGAUACACACUUUGGCGGCGGCCGUGUAGAUCCAUUCAGGUCAUAUCCGGGACCUUGGCGGUCUUAUAUUCCAGCAUUGGCAGACCAUUACAUUGUGCAAAUGGCCCGAGACAUUCCUGAAUUGGAUCAACCUGGCAACAAAGGACUGCUGAGAUCCAGAUGGUUUCCCCUAGUUCUUUCUGACAAUGCUCCCUUCCAAGUGGUUAUGCUCCUUGCAGCAGCCAACUACGCUUCGGUCAACAACAUCAGCACCUUGGGCUGUCAUAUCCUCCGCAUGAAACACGAUGCCAUUACUGCUAUCAACAAUACAUUUCACGACGACAGGAAACUAACUAGUGACUGCUUGAUUGGGGCCGUGGCCAAAAUGGCCAGUUUCGAGGCGAUGCACGGAGACGUCCAGUCCUAUCAGAUGCACAUGGACGGGUUGGUGCGGAUGUUGGAGCUGAGAGGCGGAUUGGACUCGUUGGGGCUGGGCGGAUUGCUUCGGCGAAUGGUGGUGUGGAUUGAUCUAAAUGCUUCAUUUUUGCUUAAUAUUCCGAGAUAUUUUCCUGGGACAACGUUUACGGGUGUUGAGGAACCGGCGGUAGUGGAGGUGCUGGAACCGAAUCCCGAACGAUUUAUAGGUGUAUAG